AUGGGUGGAGAAGCUCCCCAUAUUGCCCCCACCCCAGCUUACCACUCCCUUCCCCGCCUUGCCGAACGUCCAGUCGGCCAGCGAAUCACCAAGAUCUACACCGAUCGACUGAAACAGUUCACUUCGACAGGCCAAUAUGAAGGCCAGAAUCUUGUUUCCAAGUAUUUCGAAGCCGUCAACUCGGAUAGAGAACAUGUCAAACUCUCGGUCUACUCGGUUCCGGACCUUCAGCGCCCGUCUUUCGAGGAGGCGACCUCCCACGAAUUCACCCCUACUCAAAUAGGAGCUUCCUUUGGUCCCAGCUGGUCCACCCACUGGUUCCGAAUUCGCUUGACUAUUCCCGAGGAUAUGCGCACGAAAGAACGACUCGAGUUUCACUGGGAUGCUAACAACGAAGGGCUGGUCUGGACCGAAGAUGGGCAUCCGUUACAAGGCUUGACUGGCGGCGGAGAGCGGAUUGAAUGGAUCAUUCCUGACGGCUGGUGCGAUGGCAAAGAGCAUACAUUCUACAUUGAAAUGGCCUGCAACGGGAUGUUCGGCAACGCCCCUGGAGGCGACUCGAUUCAGCCGCCCAACCCUGACAAGCAGUAUACUCUCAGCAAAGCGCAGAUCACCGCAGUCAACCUAGAGGCCCGGGCACUCUUCUAUGACUUUUGGAUCAUCGGAGACGCUGCUCGAGAAUUCCCUGCAGACUCCUGGGAGGCCCAUGAAGCCAAUAUGGUCGGCAAUGCCAUGAUCGACGCAUUUAUCGCCGGCGAUGGUAACAACGACUCGAUUCUCCAGGCCAGAAAGAUAGCGCGUGAAUAUAUUGGUGACAAGGUGGACUCCUCCGAGGUUUAUGACCUCGAUACGGCCCCUUUCGUCUACGCCAUUGGCCAUUGCCACAUCGAUACAUGUUGGCUCUGGCCCUGGGCAGAAACCAAGCGCAAGGUAGCACGGUCGUGGUCAAAUCAAUGCGACCUCAUGGACCGUUACCCAGAGCACCGCUUUACAUGUUCUCAAGCACAACAGUUCAAGUGGUUAAAGCAAUUCUACCCUUCUGUUUUCGACCGUGUCAAGCGAUGGGUACGAAAAGGCCAUUUCCAACCGAUCGGCGGCAGCUGGGUAGAACACGACACAAACAUGCCAAGCGGCGAAUCUCUUGUACGUCAGUUUCUCUACGGUCAACGAUUUUUCGAGGGCCAUUUUGGGAAACGAUGCACCACUUUCUGGCUACCCGAUACCUUCGGUUACUCCACGCAAAUCCCUCAGAUCUGUCGCCUAGCUGGCAUGAGCCGAUUUUUCACUCAGAAGCUCAGCUGGAAUAACAUCAACAAUUUUCCUCACACAACCUUUCAAUGGGUCGCGUUGGACGGCAGCCAGGUAAUGUGCCAUAUGGCUCCCGCCGAGACCUACACUGCGGAGGCACACUUUGGCGAUCUCAAGCGCAGUGUGACCCAGCACAAGUCUAUGGACAAGGACAAAUCAUCACUACUUGUAUUCGGAAAGGGUGAUGGUGGGGGUGGCCCUACUUUCGGCCAUCUGGAAAAACUGCGCCGAGCCCGUGGUCUGAGUGACAAGAUCGGUACCCUCCCGCGUGUAAAGAUGGGAGAUUCUGUUGAUGACUUUUUUGAUAAGCUAGAGGCCAACGCUACUAGUGGCACUGACUUUUCGACAUGGUAUGGAGAGCUUUAUUUCGAGUUGCACCGAGGAACCUACACAACCCAGGCAAACAACAAGCGUAACAACCGCAAAUCUGAAUUCCUGUUGCGGGAGAUUGAACUCCUUGCGACCCUUGCUACUGUCCGUGACUCAAGCAAGGAAUAUCGUUACCCGAAGGAGCAAAUUGAUCAAAUGUGGGAGGGCGUCCUCCUUUGCCAGUUCCAUGAUUGCUUGCCAGGUAGCUCCAUCGAGAUGUGCUACGAUGAUUCAGACAAGCUAUACGCUGAGAUUUUUGAGAUUGGAAGCAAGCUUCGCAAGGAUGCUCUUGCAGCUUUAGGACUUACUGGCCAAAGCAAGAGCGAGGGCCUUUUUGCCUUGAAUACCUUGCCCUGGCCUCGCUGCGAGCUUGUGAAGGACCCAGGUGUCUCCACUUCAGAUGCUGACAGCUACUUCUUAGUCAACGGCGCUCCCGGUGCUAUCGGGGCUCAGCGCGUUGACUUCGAAACCACUGCCGCAGUCACUGUUUCUGAGAUCCAGCCCGGCCUUUUCCGACUGUCCAACUCUAAGCUUAAGGUCGAUGUCCAGGACGGUGUGAUUAUCUCACUCUUUGAUAUUAAAGAAGAUAGGGAGAUCAUAGCCAAGGGUGGCAAAGCUGGUCAACUUGUUAUCUUUGAUGACAAGCCCCUUUACUGGCAAGCUUGGGAUGUCGAGGUUUUUCACCUUGAAUCCCGAAAAGAGCUCCCAAGUGGCAAGACUGUCAUCGCAGAAAGUAACCGCCACAGAGUGAGCGUUGUGACUGAGACAAAGAUCAGCGAUAAAAGCUGGAUCAAAACAUCGAUCAGCCUCACUGCGGCGGUGUCCUCUGAGCCAUCCUACGUCGAGUUUGAGAGCGAGGUGGAGUGGCGGGAGACGAUGAAGUUCCUGAAGGUCGAGUUCCCAGUGGACAUCACCAACACAGAAGCGUCUUAUGAAACUCAGUAUGGCAUCGUCCGACGUCCUACUCACUACAAUACAAGCUGGGAUAUGGCAAAGUUCGAGGUUUGCUGUCACAAAUGGGCCGACCUCUCCGAGAAUGGCUACGGUGUAUCAGUCCUGAACGACUCUAAGUACGGCUUCGCUACCUGUGCCCCCGACGCUCACGCCGACAUGGGCCGCCACCGCAUUCGCUACGCAGUUCUCCCUCAUUCUGGCGCGCUCGAUGCUCGAAUCGUUCGAGCCGGGUAUAACUUCAAUCACCCUCUGGUUCUUGAAGCGGGCAACCCACAGGCCAUGGAGUGUAAUGCUGCUUUCCAGGCUGUGUCGAUUCAAGGUGCGCCGUCUCUUGUCCUGGACGUCGUCAAGCGGGGCGAGGAUGAUGAGGAUGUUUCGACGGGUGAUCUUCCUGCGCGCAGUGGGAAGAGCAUCGUCGUACGUAUCUAUGAGUCUCUUGGUGGGAAGGCUCGUGGUUCGAUUCAUAGUGGAUUGCCGAUUCAGAAGGUUUGGAAAUGCAAUGUCCUCGAGGAUGAUGAGGAGGAGUUGCAGACAAAGAAGGCAAUGUCCGGGAAUGCUGUGCAAUGUGAUAUUGAGCUCAGGGCUUUUGAAGUCGCUACUUUCCGACUGCAGCUUUGA